AUGGCUGAUAGUACUGUAAACUCGACCAUUAAUGCCAUUACAACAAAUGGAACAAUAUGGAUUUGUGAAGAGGCUUCUAAGAAUCCAAGAUCAAGAGGGAUUUUCUUUUCAGAUAAUCCAUUUAGUUACACGUUGCCUGUUCUCUUCGUACAAAUCUCUUUAGUUUCUACCUUGACUGCAAUUUUACAAUUCUUGCUUGAACCUAUGGGGGAGACAAGAUUCUUUGCACAAAUGCUGGCUGGCAUGAUGCUAGGGCCAUCAGUUAUAGGACAAAGUGCAUUUCUGCAAAAGUGGUUAUUCCCACCAAAAACAUUCUACAUAAGUCAGACAAUUGCAUUUUUCGGAGGCAUGAUGUUUAUGUUCUUAAUUGGAGUAAAAAUUGAUGUAAGCCUCGUUGCAAAAUCGGGAAAAAAAGCUUGGGCAAUUGGAAUAUUAUCAUUUCUCAUUCCAUUAUUAUUCAGUGUAAUUAUUUUUUAUUUUGCAAAAAACACAAUACCUCCUGAUCAUCCUCUCUACAGUUCCUUACUUUCCAUCACAUUCAUCUUCUCAAGUGGUUCGUUCCAUGUAACCACAAUCCAUUUGGCAGAUUUAAAGCUAUUAAACUCUGAAAUGGGUCGAUUAGCGAUAUCUUCCUCCAUGGUUAGUGGAACCAUUUCAUUAGCGCUUGUUAGCAUGGUGUUAACCCAGAAAAAAAUAUUUAACAUAGAUACGACUUAUCAAUUGAUGGGGACGAGUUUGCUCUUUAUGAUUACUUUGAUAGUAUGCGUUUUACGUCCCAUAAUGUGUUGGAUGAUAAGACAAACACCUGAAGGGAGACAAAUGAAAGAAUCACACAUAUUAUUGGUGUUUUUAAUGUUAUUCGGCUGCGCAUUUUUUAGCGAAGUUAUCGGGCAACAUGUUCUGAUUUUACCUAUCAUUUUUGGCAUAGCUGUACCUGAAGGUCCUCCAUUAGGAACAGCAUUGACUGAUAGAUUGGAUACUUUGGUUUCAAAUAUUUUUUUGCCAUUAUAUUUUCUUUACAGUGGCUCUAGAUUCAAUAUGUUUCUAAUUGAGGGUGAUACAUUUGUGAUUGUUCAACUUCUUGCUAUUGGUGGAUUUCUUGGGAAGGUCAUAGGAACUAUAUUGCCUUCAAUUUUUUGGAAGAUGCCAAUGACAGAUUCUAUAUCUUUAGGACUACUUAUGAGUGCUCAAGGCAUCACGCAUUUGUUUUACUUGCAAGCCGGUCUAAAUAUUACGAUAGAUGAACAAUCCUAUGGUAAUGCGUUGAUAGCCUUACUAUGGUUAACGGGAGUCACCACUCCUAUUGUGAAAUUCUUAUAUGAUCCUUCUAAGAAGUACUUAUGUUUGAAUAGGAGAGGAACCAUUGAACAAUAUUCUCAAGAUAUUGAACUUCGUCUCAUGUCGUGUAUACAUAGCCAAGAAACCACACCUUCUAUGAUCAAUCUUCUUGAAAUUUCAAACCCUUCAUUGGAAUAUCCUAUUUGUUUCUAUGUUCUACAUCUUAUUCAACUAAGAGGGAGAUCAACCCCGGUUUUUAUAGAUCACCAAUGGACUAACAAGAAGAAUCAGCUGCAUAAGAAAGACUCGGAACAUAUAAUAAAUGCGUUUCGAUCCUACGAGCAACAAAAAUCAAACAAUGUUAUUGUGAAACUCUACACGUCAAUUUCACCUUAUGAGACAAUGCAUGAUGAAAUAUGUAUGCAGGUUGCUGAAAAGAGAGUUUGUUUGUUGAUUGUUCCUUUUCAUAGACAAUGGAAAUCAAAUGGGAUAACAGAAUCCACACACCCAAUUAGGGCGUUAAAUCGUCAGCUUCUCAUGACGGCACCUUGUUCUGUUGGGAUUCUAAUCGAGCGCGGUGCUUUGAGUAUAAGCAAUCCUCAAACAAAUGUCACAUUUUAUAGUGUUGGAAUAGUCUUUAUAGAAGGAAACGAUGAUCGUGAAGCCUUAGCGUACGCAAUGCGAAUGGCGAACAACCCGAUCGUAAGGGUCACAUUGGUUCGACUAAUGGAGCCUCGAAAGAAAAACAAGAACUUAAUGAACAGGGAUCCGGACGGGGAUUUGAUUCAUAAGUUUAAAGUGGAUUGCAUCCAAAUUAAACGACAUGAUUAUAAAGAGGAAGUAGUAAGGGAUAGUGUUGAAAUGAUAAAUGUUCUAAGGUCACUUGAAGGUUGUUAUGAUUUAAUUUUGGUUGGUAGAAGACAUGCAACUGAGUCAAGUUUGUUUAUUGGAUUAACUGAUUGGAAUGAGUAUCCUGAACUUGGACCUAUUGGUGACAUUUUAGUUUCUUCAGAUUCUACUUUUGAUGGUUCUGUUAUGGUGAUUCAACAGCAAAAAAGAUCAGGGAUUGGUUAUCAUGAUUUGAAUUUAGAUUAUGGUGCUUUACCAAAGCAAGAACAGUUAACCAUUAUGGAAGUUCCUCGUGAUAGAAAGGUGUGGCCAAUUGUUUAA